UGGCUCUAUCAGGAGAUCUUCGCCAUUCGCCCAGACAGCGGAGGAGUUAAAGCAGGAAAUAUGAACAAUCAACAGAAAUUUAACCUAAUUGCUGGUGGUGCUGGCGGACGCAAGGAUAUGUCAUUUUCGUCCGAAUAUCGCACGGACAUAUUAACUGACAUGCUAAAACUCUCAGCAGUAAAGAUUGCAUGGUCUGAGAAAGAGAAGCCCAUUUUCCUCGAAAUUACUCCCAUUUCAAUCGAUCAAAUUGACCAGGCUACGGGUGCGAGGGUUGCUUGCUAUGCCUACCGCGACAUUCAAUAUCUCGCUCAGGUCAUUGGCCCCCAGGGUGCAUUUGCUAUCGUCUGUGGAAACCAGGAACGCAUUCAUCUCUUUCGGUGUUCUGAUCCUGUCAGUCUCAUAAACGCAGCUGUAGAGGCAGCUGCUUUAUAUCUGGGGCUAAUUCUCACUCGUUCACCUUCACCCUUGAACAUUGAUUGGUGUCUUGAGAUGCGUCUAGGUCCGAUGGCGACACCUGAGAAUAUGAUAUCGACAGCAGAAUUCGUGUUACAGAAGGUUGCACCUUAUCGUCAUGGUGACAGUGCUCCGCCAAUUUCAAGAACUCUCUGCCUGACAGAAUGCUUUCUUGUAGAACGCGAUCCGAUCUCGUACAGACCAAUAUCAGCUCACUCACUGCGUGAAGUAAGUGUUCUCUGCUCCUUCAUCUGUAGCAGAACUCUCCAGUCAUUAAAAGGAUUCGUGCAUAUUAUCAUUGAGCCAUUUGACAUUGAAAUACUAGAAGAUGCAACAGACUGCACUUUUAUAUGUCAAAAGGCAGACUAA